AUGGCUUCAGAGAAGCCUGCGUCGCGCUCACCCAGCGCAAGCCCGGCGCCGGAGAUGCUUCUGUCACCAAAGUCACGAAUUGAGGCCCGUUUGGCCGCCAUCGACACCAGCUCCGAGGACGACGAGCCAAAGCAGACCACCCGUAAGAGCAUAUCACCUCCGACACGUACCCAGGACAGCGACUCGGAAGAAGAAGUCGUCUACCGCCCCAGAGGACGCCUCGCUGCCCAGCUGCAAGGCGGCACCCGAACAACAGGUUCAGACGAUGAGCCCGAAACCUUUCUCGACCGUAUCCAGAAGCGACUGGGAUCCGCUGGCGACUAUGACGAUGAAGACGCAGAGGACACAACCAUGGGAGAUGCAGAAGACGAAGACGACAUUCCUGUCGCGCCGCGAAGACUGCAAAGGAAGCAAGCUAGAGAGACCACACCACCACCAACCCAGAACCCCGUGGCGCAGUCGAGUCCCGGACUCUUCGUGUCUCCGGACCGCCAAUCGCCUAUCAAGUCUAUCAACCCAUUAACAGCCGACGACGGCUCCGACUCUGACGCGUCGCUCCCCUCGUUGACCAAGAGCGCGAGGUUCCAGGCGCUCGUUGAGCGCAAGCGACAAGAGAGACUGGCCCGCGAGGCGGAGGAGGAGAAGAAGCGUGCCGAGCGCAUGGAGCGUCAGCAGACCACCAACGUCGAUCUCUUUGACGACGACGAGGACGCCGGUAACGUCUCCGACAUCACUGACGAUGAGGGCGGUAGGAAGCUCAGCCAAGCCGUAAGGCCGGCGAGGAGGGCCGGCAAGAAGGCUGUUGCGGAGAUGCAGCGCGAGACGCAGCGCAUGGCGCGUAACAUGCAGCUUGCCCACGAGGCCAAGACGAGGAAGAAGUUUACCAAGGCGGAUUUCCUCCAGCGCUUCAACUUUGGAGCCCAGGCAAAGUCCGACCCCAAGCUUUCGAGCUCGAGCCGUCCGACUACGCCAGUCUCGGCUCACCAGACGGAUGCCGAGAUGAAAGACCCUGAGACACCACCCAGCUCUCCACCCGUCGCCAAGACGGCGUCUCCUGCCAAGGUUCAGCAAACUACAACAGUUAUGCCACCGCCUACCACUUCUGAUAACGAUGAGAUCUCGCUUGACGAUGUCUUCGAGGCAUCGCGGAGACUCGACAAGGGCAAGGGCAAGGCGGUUGCGUCUCCUCUAAAGACCUCGGCCAAGGAGAUCAAGCCUAAACGCCAUGUCCGUAUCAAGCUGCCUACCAUUUCAGCAAACCACGCAGUUAUCGACCUCGACGAUGAUGACCUAGAAAUCUCUGUUGGGAAGAAGAGCAAACUCGACGCCGUGUUCAGCAGAAUCCCCGAAAACAAGGCCAAGGAAUCCAACUCUCUUCACGCCCUGCGCCGUCUCGCCCAAGUUGGUUCGCCCAACAAGGAGAGGAAGCGAAAGUAUGAGAAGCCAACCAUCACGGUUGCUCAGUUGCAACUCAACUUACAGCAGCGGGCGCGCCAGCAAGCCAAGAUGGAGCGCGAGAAGCGUCUGGAGUACCUCAAGUCGAAGGGCAUUGUUGUUCAGACUGCAGAGGAGCGCGAGCGUGAGAUGCAGGAGGUCGAGGACAUCGUCACCCGAGCCAGGAGAGAGGCCGAGGAGAUUAUGGAGCGUGAGCGUGAAGCCGCCAAGAAAGAAAAGAAGGAGAAGAGGAAGAACGGCGAGCUCGACGCCUGGGAUGACAGUGACGAUGAGGAGUACGAGGCCUCCGACGAGGAGGCGGAAGGAGGUGCAAUGGUUGAAGUCGAGCUCUCUGGUUCUGAAGACGAAGAGGCUGAUGAUGAAGACGUUUCUGACGCGGAGGUCGAAGGUGUCGCUCUAUUCGACAACGAAGCCGACGACAGCGGCUCGGAGCACCCUGAAGCUGAUGCCGAAGCUCCCGAGAAGGAUGAUGCGGACGACUCUGAAGAAGACUUGAACCUUCCCACACGAGACAUCCGUCGGUCGAAGAAGAGCCAGGUCAUUUCUGAUGACGAGGACGAGGACAGGGUCGAGGCGACGCCUAAACCCAAGACUGCGACUCAGCGCUCGCCCACUGCGCCCAAUACCAAGUCGCCCGCUGUUCCUACCUCGGUCCUGCGCUCUGCGAAGAAGACCUUCAUCCCUGGGCUUCCCGUCACGGGAGCUGCUGGGCUCGGCCUCACCCAGAUCUUUGCUGGCACCAUGGAUGACAGCCAAGCAGCUCCUGGCACCGUGCCCUCUCAGUCGCCUAUGCCGGACUUUGAUAGUCUCCCCAACUCCAACUUGAUCGGUCUCACUCAACAAGACAGCUUGAUCCUCGACAGUCAGAGCGGUGACACGCAGAGAGCCGAGACACAGCAGGAUUCCGCGGAGGGCGUGCACCUUCACUUCUCCCAGUCCCAGGUGCAUGCUUUCGACAGCCUAGUGCGCGACGAGGAGUCUACCCAGAUCUCUAUCGACGCUACUCAAGACGCUGGUCCGCAGGACUACACGCCUUUGAAGCAACGCUUCGUUGAACCUCCAGUAUCCACUGUUGAAACCAUGGUUCUCGACAACGAUGCGGAAGCUGACUUGGUACAAGACUCGCCUCUCGUCCGCAGAGGCAAGCUGCGCCGCAAGAUCGACGUCGCCGCCGCGGCCGUGGAUGACGAGGACAAGGAGGACUCGAGAGCCAGCCCCGAGGUGGACGAGUUCGGUUUCAGGACAACUGCCUUCAACGUCAUGAAGGAGGCUGUUGAGAAGCAGAAGAAGCUCAAGAAGGCGGAAGAAUACAACCGCAAGAAGAGCAAGGCCAAGGAGAUGGUUGAGGAGCAGGCCGAGGAGUCCGAGGACGAAUAUGCCGGCCUCGGUGGCGUAGACGGCGAGGACAGCGACGAUGACGAUGUUGCCUCUGUCAAGGAGAUGAUUGACGACGAGGGAGGCAUGACUGCUGACGAUGAGCGUAAGCUCGCUGCUCUUUACGCUGAGCGUGAGCGCGCAAGCGACGAAAAGAUGGUAGACAAGCUCUUCCACGAUGUCACAACGGGCAUGCUCCGCCGCAAGCGCGGCGCCGACUACGACCUCUCCGACUCGGAUGACGGUGGUGAGGCCCGCAGACGGAUGAAGCGUCGUCAGUUCCAGAAGAUGCAACAGGCCCUCUUCACCGACGAACGCAUCAAGAAGAUCGCCGAGAAGCCCGGCAACCAGGCUUUCCUCCGCACCAUCGAGGACCGCGGCAGCGACGAGGAGAUGGACUUCAUCGACUUCGCGCCCGAGCCGAUGGAGAUGGAAGACUCUCAAUCUCAAGGACAGCAACAGCAAACGGUGCCGGACAGCCAGCCCACGGCGCAGCGCCAGCCCCUCGCCGCCGACGCGGCGAACAGGCCACCCGCCAACAUGCGCAGGACCAAGGACGGCAAGAGGCCUGCCACCCUGGGCGAGAUCCGCGAGUCUGUUUCGAGCCUGCUCGAGGACUUUAACGAGGUCAUUCCGGCCACGGACCCGAACUCGGACAGCGAGGCGGACGACGACAACGUCCACCCGUCGUCCUCAUCACGGAGCAAGAAGGAGAACCGCUCCCCAGGCAAGAACCCGCGCCGCACAGGGUCCCGCCACCAGGUCGUCGACCGGCUCACCCUCAAACGCCAGUCCUCGUCCACAAUGUCGGCGACAACCGGGGCGCUCGCCUUCGCGAUGCCCAACGCCGCCGCGUCUGCGUCGUCGGGCGGCAGCUUCAAGACCCCGACGCUGCUCCGCCGCGCGACGACAAACUCGUCGGUCCUGAGCUCGCAAGGCAGCAUCGCAGGCGGGUCGGGCGCUGCGCCGUCGGCCUUUUCCGCCCGCGGCGGCGGCGGCGGCGGCGGCGGGUUCGGCGACGACGGUAAGAUCAAAAAGAACGCGAGCAAGCGGUCCGGCGUCAGCGCGCUCGCGAGGGAGAAUGAGCGCCGCGCGGCGAUCCAGGAGAACGAGAAGCGCAGGGAGGCAAGGAAGUGGAAGGGCGCCGAGAGGCGGCACCAGGCUGUCAAUGGCCUCUUUGGAGCGGGCAAGUUCGAGUAA